AUGGAGACUUUAGCUAUGAAAUUCUUUAUUUCUAAUGGGAUUCAUGCUGCAGGAUUUCCAAUUAAAGCCGGGACGAUUAGGUUGUCACCAACAAUGCCAGCCACGAGCACGGCACACUUGGCACGGAGCUGCAUCGGUGACUUGACCACCCAGAAAAUUGUUUUUGAAGUUACAGUGAAAAAUACCAAAUCUCUGAAAGCAGCAGACUGGCUGAUUUGCAACUCAUCUUAUGAGCUAGAGCCUGAAGCUUUUACCCUGUUUCCAAACAUCUUACCAAUAGGUCCACUUUUGGCAAGCAAUCGGCUUGGAAACUCAGCAGGCUCUUUCUGGCCAGAAGACUCAACCUGCCUGAAAUGGCUUGAUCAACAGCCACCCAGGUCAGUCAUCUAUGUUGCAUUUGGGAGCUUCACAGUCUUUGACCACAAUCAGUUCCAAGAACUGGCUCUGGGACUUGAACUCACCAACAGGCCAUUCCUAUGGGUUGCGAGGCCAGAUUUAAACAGAACAUCUAUGUGA